AUGAGCGCUUGUAUCAUCUGUCACAAACGAAAAGUGCGAUGUGAUUUAGCGACCCGCAAUCCCUGCACUAACUGCUCGAAGAUUGGAGUGGAGUGCAGGCCCUACACUCGCAAGCGCAAGAGAUUCACCAACAGUCUCUCUCCAAGUAGAGAUGCUCGCGUGUCCGAGUCAGCGAGCCAGCGGAGCUCGCAAUUGCCGGAGCUGCCCGCAGUCUCUGUUGCGCCAAAUGACGCAGCGGGCGAGGCCAGCAAUUAUGCUCCGAUGUCCGUGAGCAAUGGCGAGGCCUUCCUCAAGGAGGAAAGCUACCGGGGCGGGGUCUCCGCCGCCGACGUUCAGAUGUUACGAGACCAGGGCGCAUAUGAACUGCCGCCUUUGGCAAUACAAAAAGAACUCAUGCAAAGCUUCAACAAAUACUGCGCGCCGUGGACUCCGGUCGUUGACCCGAAAUGGCUGGAAGGCAAUACGCCGCCCUCGAUGCUGCUCUUGCAGUCGAUCUUUCUGGCAGGGAGCCGAGUUUCCAAAGCACACCUCAGUUAUGGGUCUAGCGAAGUGUUCUACCGGCGAGCUAAACUCUUAUUCUUCUUUGGCGGCGGUCAUGGCUCGCUUAUCUCCAUCGUCGCAGCAUGCUUACUUCAUUGGUACAACCCCUCUGGUCCAGAAAAUGUGUCCACCGAUACGAGCGGCUUUUGGAUUAGAACGGCUGGAGCCAUGGCCUUCCAGAUUGGCUUGCACAAGGAACCUCAUCCUAAUGCACGGGACAGAGGUCUUCGACGGCGGUUAUGGUGGUCGUUAGUGAUCCGAGAUAAUGUGAUAUCGGCUGGAGUUGGACGGCCAAGGACCAUCAACCUCCGUGACAGCGAUGUCCUUCCACCCUCGAUGGAUGAUUUCCCAACGCAUGAUUUCCGAGCCCAACUCUUCUUGGCGUACUGCACAAUCUCAGGGCUUCUUGGGGACACCGUCGAAUGUUGUCUCCGUCAAGAUUUCCGGCAGCGCCGAGUGGACCUCGAAAAUUCGGUAUUCCGGUGGGCUAAACAGGUUAUCCCCAAACUACGCUCCUCUGCGCUUGCCCAGGAGGACGUGAUCACAUCACAACUGGAGGUGCAGCAAGUCUCUGUCAUGUACUUUGUGGUCCUGACUAUCCUGCAUCGCUCACCGACGCCAAAUAGCCCGCCACCCCCAGCCUCUCUUAUCGCGUCCUCAUUCAUUGCCGGGAUUUAUGAGGAGUUUCUCCUUCGGGAUGAGCUUCGGUAUUUAGGCCCAGUAUAUGCAUUUUACCCGCUCUGUGCAGGCCUACCGCUACUAUCCAGCUGGCGAUACAGCCAGCUCCAGAUUCACGCAGAGCAUGAACUGACAGUUGUGAAGCUCUGCCUUCAAAAGCUUGCGGAGAGAUGGCCGUCCGCGGUCGGACCUUUAAGGGCAUUGAAUAAAUUGACAGACAAGGUUCGAGAGCAAGGCCUUUUUGAAGAGCCGCUACCGAAAUUGGACUUUGACACGGCGUCCUUCUUCGAGGGCUUUGAUGUGGGGUAUUGUAAGGAAUGGGCAUUGAUCGGACAAGAGGUCGAAUCUGAAGUCAUUUUGCGACCCACGGACACACCCCGGUUGACAGAGUUACAGACCUCUGAUAAUUCCCUGCCAGAAAUUGACACGAGCUCUGAACCUAUCAUGGACAAUGAUGGAAUUCCUGCAUUGGAUACGACUAUGGAUCCGUUCGGUAGUGACUGGGAGGGGGCAGGCUUUGACUGGAGUGGCUCAUGGCUGCUGAGUCUGUAA